CUGAAGCAGACAAAUCGGGUCGAACAGAAAAAGGCUGUAGUCUAGGUUUGAUGCCGGGCCAGAGUCCCAGACGCGCGAGCCUUUGUAACCGCUGUACUUGCGUGUAUAUAUAUCGCUGUAAGUCUUCUCUGUUUCCCUGUCUCUGGAGAUGGGGAAUUGGAACAGAAGAUAUCAACCUAGAAAGAAGUUCAGACACUAUGAAUAUGAAGAUCCCCCUUUGUCUCCGCCAAGGCCUCAUGAUACUCGAUCGUAUUCCUCUGGAGUUAACAAUAAUGGAGUGUCAUCUUGGGAAAUAGAUUAUUGCCAUUCAGUAUGGGUUCCUUGGCGUAAGGUUUUGGCAUCAAAAAAGUAUAUUUACUGCCAUCCAAGUGUGCUAAAUUGGGAUGAUUCUGCCGGUAAAGAAGCAUUACAGAAUGCAAAAGAGCGAUACUGGGCCUUGAUCAAUGGCCUUCCCUGUGGCAACCCUUUACCUGACCCAGAUGUAUACAUUGAUGAGAUUGAUUGGAACCCCUAUAUGGAUCCUGAUCUGAUGGCUGAUCUAGAUCUCCAAGUAUUUGAUCCUGAUAACGCUCAGAAGAUUGACAAGUUGGAAGCUAUAAAUGAAGAGGCUGCAUGUGCAGAAGUAGAAAAUGAUGAGAAUCCAUCUACUUGUGAUAAUCCAUGGGAAAGGAAUCAUGUGCAAGAUACUGGAAGUUUGAAAGAUAUAGUACAGGGAUGGGGUAGGUGGGAUGAUUCCGUAAAUUUGAAAAAUGACGACCCUUGGGAGCAAAGCUGUAGCAAACCUGUUGAUGCCUUGAAAGACAAUGGUUGGAGAAGUGGGAAUGACUCUUGGGUUUGGUACCAGGGGAUCGAUAAUACUAGGUCAGCUGCAGUUGUUGAUUAUGGUUGUGGGAAUUCUUGCAACUAUAUCAGGCAAACUGGGGGGCCUGUAAGACAAAAGGGCCUGGGACAUAAAGAAAAUAAUUCUUGGGGUAGGAGUCAUGGGAACACCAAUGUUGAAGGAUCAAGGAACUCAGAUAAUUGUGGACAUUCCAAUGGAAAUAAUUAUUCUAUGGGUUCAAAAGAGAGAAGUUGGAGGAACAACAGGGAUAAAUCUUGGGUUCAGCAAGACAACAGGAAAGAAUCUUGGGGUUGGAGGGAUUCCGCAUACCAAGAUAAUGAGCCAAAGUCUUGGGAUUCACAAAGAUCUAAGCCAGGUGGGAGGUCCGUUCGUGGUAUUGGCCGGAAGAGGGAAGGUUCUCUGCAGCAAACAUCAAAAUACAAGAGCUCUAGGUAUCAUGGUGAGACCUAUGGAGAUAGUCACCAGCUGUAAAAGAGUAAAAGGAAAGUUUUGUGAGACGGCCUGUGUUGUUUUUGAGGUUUUUCGAGGCUGAAAGCAUACGUCAUGGAUUCACUAACUUAGUAUUCAACUUGUACGAGGGUCCAUUUUGGUUAAGACUUUAGGUCGACUGGGAUGAAGGGGCAUGCCUUAUCACAGAGGAUCGGACAACAAAGUCUUACCAUAAUCUCGAGAGAGAUUUUAUAGCUCUAUCGAUCUGCAAGUGAAGUAGCUGGAACUUGGUUGUCUUUUGUCACAUCAUGUCGUAACACACAGAUAUGUGGACUUUCGGAAAGAUACUUGAUGCUGCUAGUAAUUCACUGAUUGUAUGAUUCAGAGACUUCGUUUUGGACAAUGAAUCAUGUGGACAAGCAGCCCCUUGAAUGCUUCAGCAGUUGCUUUAGAGUCGUUAGAAACAGAGUUGUAAGAAUUGACCACCUAGAUGUCUCUUUUGUUCACAACUUUUGUGUUGACAGUACUCUUCAGGGUAAAGUGUUUGUGGAAAGGUACAGAAGAGGCAGAGGCAGAUGUUUUGUUCCGAGGAUAAGUAUUUUGGCGUAUAGGAUUAAAGUUCAUUUUCUCUUUUUAGACUGUGAA